AUGAACCCGGAAGACGUGCGUAUCAAAAAGCUGGCUUACCACUGGUACGGUCCUUACAGGAUCCACUCCAGGCAAGUCGACAACACGUACAGGAUCUACCUGCCAACCCACCCCGACCGCGUGGUGCCGAUCAAUGUGGAUCGCCUGAAGGCCUUCAAGGGCUACUGGACCCGGCCGUUCAACGAAGAGAUCCCAGUCGGCCAGGAUGACUGGCAGGAACGAACUUCCGAGACUGAUGACACGAUCCUGACCGACAACUUGUUCCCGAGCGACAGCUUUGUUUCCAGAGUCGAGUUCCAGGACGGUGACGUCGCGUUCACCAACUCAAGCUCGCCUGUUUCGCGCGUCCUGGACAAGCGCCAAGGUGUCGCCUCAGAGAAAGACUACCUAGUCGAGUACGCCGACGCCUCUCAGCAAUGGGUACGACGCUCACGACUGGCCGACUACGGUGCGUUCAUCACGGACUACGAGAACCGUGUCCGGGAGCGUGCUGGUCUGCCGACCUUAUACCGCAGCCCUCACAUAUCUGCUCUAGAUGAGGAGGCUGUGGUCAGGAAGUUCUAA